CCAUAAAUACCAGGAAGUUGUAAACAAAGCUGACAGCAAUUUUGUUCGAAUGGGUGCUGAGCCAGUCGUGUAAAACAGGCUAGGUAUAAACAAUACAGCUAGCACGUUUGUUUUUGUAUAUAAAUGAUUUCGUGGAAAUAGACGCAUUCUGUGCGUUUAUUCUACUAGCUGACGGUAGCGUUAGCCUUCCGUUCCGUCGUUAGGAAAGGCUGACUUUUGCACAAGGACGUCAAUGUUAUGAGCGGUAACGCCUGCGAAGUUAGCGGCAAAUCGAGGCGUAUUAUCCCGAAUUGAACGGAUAGUGAGCAGCAUCAGCACCGCGAUUCUUGUUUUUGCAGCAUCGGCUGUUAACAAAAAAAAACAACUUUAGCGGGACAACGAUGUCUACAUCUAACGCUAAUUUCAAAAACAAGUGUGUGACCCAGGUGAACUGCAUAUUUUGUGAAAGUCUGCUGUGCACGAGAGGCAUGAAAGCCGUUCUGCUAGCAGACACUGAGAUUGAGCUCUUUUCUACUGACAUACCCCCCAAUAGAACUGUUGACUUUGUGGCCAGCUGCUACUCUACUGAAAGCUGCAAAUGCAAACUGAGAGACAUCGCAUGUCUCAAGUGUGGUAAUGUUGUGGGCUAUCACGUGGUGGCCCCCUGUAAACCCUGCCUGCUCUCCUGUAACAAUGGCCAUUUCUGGAUGUUCAACAGCGAGGCUGUGUCUACUCUCAACAGACUGGAUGUGACAGGUCUGAAUCUGCUCCUGUGGGGAGAUCUUCCAGAACUGGAUGACAGUGAGAAUGAAGAAUCCGAAAGCCCAUUAGAGGAGGAGUGUAUUAGGUAGGCGCUGAAAGAGGACAAUGUGAGAGACCUGGAAGGCCAACAUUUGAUGUGGACAAGAGUGCACAAACCAUGUUUGAGAUAAGCGAGAAAAGAGGUGCUUCAAGGGUAAUUUAAUACUGAAUCAAAUAGGGCUGAAAAGUUAUGCUAUAGGGGUUAAAAACUGACACCACGGUGCCACACAAGUGUUUUGCCUUUGACAGCCAAUGGAGAACAGCUGCUGUGACAUCACUUGAUUGAGGUGUGGCCAAAAACAAUACACAAGUCAACGAUUACAGAAAGGUGCAGCAAAAGUUGUUUGCUGGGUGUAUUUUAGUGUUGACAUCCACUCUAACCUGUGACCAUGCCUUUACUCAUCACUUUUCACUGUUGAAAGCACAGACACACAUUUUCUUUACUCUCUUAUUCUUUUCUUUGCAAAUUUGCAUGGGUUACUAUGAAACAUGGGUGACUAACCAAUUAGACGACUUAAUCUGAUGUAUUCCACGUCUCGUGGCAGAGUCGCCACUGAGCUCAUGGUUUUAAUCGGCCUUGUGAGAAGUUUGGGCCGUGGUACGAGAAGUCAAUCGAACUUAUAAACGGAUGCUGUGCUUUUUCACUCUUUACAGCUGGUCUAAUUUUUCUGAUAAGAUGACCACACUUUGCCUUUUUAAUGGCAGUUUUUGAUCUGUACAUUACAUAUGCUGUAAUAAGCAAAAAUCUCUCAAGAGUUGCGUCUUCAAGGCCUAUAUUCUCUCUGUGUGGCUGAGGGCUGCCAGAACGACCUAGUUGUGUACAAAUCUAUGUUCCCUUGCAACUAAACUGCACCCUCAAUUAUAUUUCAAGGGAAACCGUUUCUUCUAGCAGCAGUUUUAAUGACUUUAAAUUAAUAAAAAUGGAAAAAAAAAAACUUAAAACACUGCAAUUUGACUUUGUUAGGUUUAUUGUUUAUAUUUAGGAAACCAAUACUUCCUCUAAUGUGACACUUAUUUGUGAAACAUCAUCAUUUGGCAAACUUAAU